AUGACCAAACCAAAGGUGAAAAUCACUGCCACUCUCCUCAAUGACAAGGCAUUUGCCUUUCUUGAGAGCUUGCUGUUGCUGGCAUCACCUUUCAAAUUGGAGGAAUGGUUAGACCUGAUCAAGAUCAUCAUAUUGAAUCUGGGGGGCAUGGGGAUAAAUGCCAUCAAGGCUGUGUGGGAGCUCGAACAAGCUAAGGUAGCCCCAGUAGUUCCCUUGUUGGAAGAUGCUGCUGCAUGGCAGUUGGUUUUGCAUUGGGCAACUGACGAUAGCCUUUCCUUCAGCAUAUUCUUGAUGGAGAUGGAGAAGUUCAGCAACAGGUACCAGUUCAACAAGUGGAAGUCCAUCUUCAACCAAGUAUUCAAAGCCUCUUGGGAGGGUACUGCUGUUGAAGUCAUUAGGGCAGCCAUGGCUGAGCAUGGCAUCAUUGAGCCCUCUAGUGAUGUCUCCCAUGUCAUCCUCUCCCCCCAAGCUCCUUCAUCACAGACUCAUAAGCCAAUGUUCACCUUAGGUUUUGGAUCCCUUGCUAACCACUCAAUCAGGCAAAAGCUCAUGCAGAUCCCACUGCUCUCUAUGCCCAGUGAAGCAUCCAAGAAUGAGCAUGAGGAUGAAGAGGACAAAGAGGAAGACAAGGAAGAUGAACUAGACAAUGAAGUGGACCACAAUCCAAGGGUGACCAAGAUAGCUCCAUCAGGGUGCAUGAAUCUAACUCAACAGCUCGAAAGCCUUUUCCACCACUAUGGUGGCAAGGGGAGUGCAGAAGGGUUGAGGGCGAAGGCACAUCAGCAGGGCCCAGUUCGUAAUGUCAAAGAUCAUAUGGAGGUGAAUACAAAUCAGACUCAGCCAAGAGUAUUCAAGGUUGUGCUGCCCUCCACUCAUUCUGCAGGAUUCAUCCUCCAGCACUUCAAGCUGGAGGGCCUGGAAUGCAAGACCUUCCAUUCAGUCCCUUGCCACAUAUAUGUGGAAGCUCCCAGCAUGCAUGACAUCUGA